AUGUUUGCUACUGCUGCUGUUGGCGCAGUCUGGUGUAGUGCUUCUGUUGAUUUUGGGCCAGCUGGUGUACUGGAUAGAUUCAAACAGGUGAAUCCGAAAAUUCUUUUUACCGUUGAAGCUGUGACUUACAAAGGAAAACGAUUUGAUAUGAAAGACAAGCUCAAUCAUGUUGUUCUAGGUAAGCUUCAGAUUCAAAAGACUAUCGAGGUAAUCUGA